AUUUGGAUACCCCUGCUAUUUACUCGAACCGUGGUGAUUCACUCAAUCACCCUCUUCGUCUCUAAUUGAUUCCUAUCAGCGACGGAUAUUCCCCAAUACGCAGAAUAUAAUCCAACCCCGGAGUUACUCCACCACUUUCACCACCUGGAAGUAACCCAUCGAGCUUCCCCGCAUCCAACUACCACUACCCUCUCUACCCACCACAUACAUACACGCAGAGACACCGAAGGAAGACAUCGAAGAUGCAAGCCGUCCCCGAAUCCCGCCAACAAACCUUCGAGGAGAUCUACGGCCCUCCGGAAAACUUCCUCGAGAUAGAAGUAAGAAACCCCCAAACGCACGGCACCUCCCGCAACAUGUACACCUCCUACGAAAUCGUCUGCCGCACCAACAUCCCAGCGUUCAAACUGAAACAUUCCGUCGUAAGGCGCCGAUACUCCGAUUUCGAGUACUUCCGGGAUAUACUCGAGCGGGAGUCGACGAGGGUCACGAUCCCGCCGCUACCGGGGAAGGUAUUCACCAAUCGGUUUAGUGAUGAUGUGAUUGAGCAUCGACGGGAGGGGUUGCAGCGGUUUUUGCAGAUUGUUGCGGGCCAUCCGUUGUUGCAGACGGGGAGUAAGGUUUUGGCGAGUUUUGUGCAGGAUCCGAAUUGGGAUCGGAAUGCGUGGUAGAUUGGUACGUACUUCGUACUGUGGGGGAGGGAUGGAGGGGUGAGUGGGUUGGGGAUAUGGAGGGGGAUAUGGUAUGGGAGAAUGAAUGAGGGAGAGUAUGUGAUAAGGUAGGAGGGAAUCAUUGGCAAUUGCGGGUUGAGGUAAGGUAGUAUUCGUCUGUUCAUUUUUCAUUCUGUCUUGUCUGGCGGAUAUCAUGUAACUAGCGUUCUGUUGUCCUUUUGCAAUCAGUGUUGUUCUGUCAUUCAUGUCUGUCUGUUCUUAGCAUAAAAGCUGUUAUCAUCCUGAG